GCGAUUGAUCAUUGACGUCUUGCGCAGUAAUUUACCGAUAGCAAGUGCAAUCACGACUGCCGCGUAUUACUAGUCUGUGGUUGAAAUUUAUCGUACUCUAUGUGUACAAAACAAGUAUUAAGAAAAUUGUGAUUGACUUCACAUAUUUUAAAAAUUAUUUUGUUUAAACAUUUUGAAUCCUAAAAGCUCACAUUAAUUAUUAACAAUGAAUAUUCAGUAGCAUAAGUGCAAUCAUCAUAGUUAUAUUUGCUUGGUGAACAGUGUAAAUAGGUUUCGUGUUAAUGUAAUAUAAAGCUUGUUUUAUUUGACCUACAAGUGUAGUUGGAUUCCUUUGAAUUUUAUGAAGUGAAUCACGGAGAUCUUCAUCUGAUUUAUCACAUCCGGGCAUUAUCGGUGACGCGAUAAACAAUACAAUUGUUAUGGAGUUUGCGUGAUACCAGUCGCCAUGUGGAAGUACGCUCUGCUGGUGAUGCUAGCAAGCGCUCAUGGGCUCCUCGAGGGACCCAAUGUGUGUACCAGACAGGAACAAUACGUGACAACUAUACGAGUGUCAGAACAACAACCAUACCAAGUGAAGGAAUAUGCGUGGUGUCUCAACGUACCACCAAGAUGUACGAAAUACAAGGUCAUGUUCCGCCAAGUGUAUAAAACCCAAACCCUGGUCAAACAUAGACCGGUAGAGGAAUGCUGCAAGGGCUAUGCGCCUGAUGUUCACGGGAAGCAGUGUGUGCCUGUGUGCGUUGACUCGUGUGUACACGGGAAGUGCGUCGCGCCUGACACGUGUCUGUGUGAGCAUGGCUACGGGGGUCCAGCUUGUGAUAUAUCCUGUCCAGAUGGCAAAUGGGGCAGACAUUGCCAGAACGAUUGUCGCUGUUUGAACGGCGGCACCUGUGAGCCCUUGACCGGCAAUUGCGCGUGCGCAAUGGGAUGGCGUGGGGACGCGUGUGAGAAGACUUGCGCACCGCCAACCUUUGGCGACAAUUGCCAACAGACUUGCCAAUGCCGUAAUAAUGCUCCGUGUGACCCGGCGACUGGCGCUUGCAAAUGUUUGAACGGAUUUGUUGGACCACUUUGCGAAGAGGAAUGCCCCAAAGAUGGCCCAUGCCCCGAGCGGUGUAAGUGCCAAAAUGGGGGCAGAUGUGACUUCCUAACGGGAGAAUGCGAGUGUCCUGCUGGAUGGACUGGGGAUGUUUGUGCCAACAGAUGCCCAACGGGACGAUGGGGGGAGAAAUGUCAGAAAACCUGCAGUUGUGCUAACGGAGCUGGAUGCCAUCAUGUCACGGGACAGUGCCAGUGUGAGGCUGGCUUUACGGGCGAUAAGUGUCUAGAGGCGUGUUCGCUCGGCACUUACGGCGUGGACUGUGCGGGCACAUGCACGUGUCAGCACGGGGGUGAAUGUUCGCCCCGGGACGGCUCGUGCAUGUGCAAGCCCGGUUGGAGGGGCGACUGGUGCGAGAGGCGCGCCUGCCCCGACGGUCUGUGGGGUCCACGCUGCGACCACCAGUGCGAGUGCAACCCACACACCACUGAUAUAUGUGACCCGUGGACCGGUGCCUGCGAAUGCGCAGCCGGUUGGGACGGUGAAGCUUGUUCGAGACAAUGUCCGUUCUAUAUGUACGGCAAAGGAUGUCGCUCUAAUUGCAGAUGCGAGAAUGGCGCUCUCUGUUCGCCUGUUAAUGGAUCCUGUCUUUGUCCGCCUGGCUAUCGUGGCGUGCAUUGUGGCGAGGCCUGUCCAUACCCACUGUACGGCGACAACUGCGCUGACACUUGCCAGUGCAUGAACAACGCUACUUGUUCCCACGAAACGGGACAGUGUAACUGCCCACCCGGAUUUGAUGGACUGAAAUGUGAUAGACCUUGUGAUGGAAAAACCUUCGGUCUUGGUUGUCGUCAGCGCUGUGAAUGCGACAACGAUGCACCAUGUGACCCUGUUACUGGUGAAUGUGUUUGCGGGCCGGGUUACGAAGGACCAAAAUGUUCGCGACGCUGCCGUUCAGGUUUCUAUGGAGCGAAUUGCUCCCUCGAGUGCUGGUGCUCACCACACUCGCGUGGAUGCCAUCACGUCACCGGAGAAUGCAUUUGCGAGACUACUUGGCGAGGUGUGCGCUGCGAAACCCAAUGUCCCGAAGGCCGAUUCGGGGACCAAUGCAACGAGCGAUGUUCGUGCGCCAACAAUUCCUCGUGUGACGCAUCAACCGGGAGAUGCGUGUGCGCAGCCGGUUGGCAAGGAGAUACCUGUGACCAGCCCUGUCCGCCUGGACGGUAUGGCGUUGGUUGUGCCCAAUUAUGUCCUGUGCAACAGGAUGGUAACAUAACAUGCGAUCCCGUGACGGGCAAGUAUACCUGUCCCAGCGGGUUCAAGGGCGUGGCUUGCGAGUAUCCAUGUCCGCUGGGAACGUACGGCCUAAAUUGCGAACAGAAAUGUAUUUGCAAGAAUGGGGCGGACUGUCAUCAUGCUACAGGUGAAUGCCAAUGCCUUCCCGGGUGGCAAGGGCCGACGUGUUCCCAGGCUUGUGGGGCUGGGGCGUGGGGCGCAGGCUGCACUCAGCCGUGUCGCUGCGCAAGAGGCGCUGCCUGCAGACCCAACGAUGGCUUUUGCAGGUGCCCUCCUGGCUUCACUGGAGCCCUUUGUACGCAGUUCUGUCCCGAGGGGUACUACGGUGACCACUGUAUGGAGCCAUGCAAUUGCUCGUCUGAAGGAAACUGGGUGUGUGACCCCGUGCACGGGUGCAUCUGCCACCGAGGCUACAUUGGGGACAAUUGCGACAUACAGGCCAGUGACGCCAUCAAGAUUGAACAUAGUGAGGAUGGCUCAAACAGUGGUGCAAUAGCUGCGAUGGUGGUAGUGUCGCUGCUGUGCGUUGGCGGGAUUGCUUUAGUGCUGCUGUACUAUCGCAAACGGGUGAGGUUGCUCAAGAGGGAGAUCGCUCACGUGCACUAUACAGCCGAUCCUAAUGUGCAGCCAGAACAACAGCACUUCGAUAACCCGGUCUACUCGUAUAAUAACUCAACGCGUAGUGACGAUUCGACGACUUUGCUCAACAACACAAUCAUAAAUAACUUGGGGCCAGCGAAGUUGACCAACACAACUAUGGAGAAACUUCGUAUGACGGCUUCUGGGUCCAAUGGAACGUACGACACCAUGUCCCUCAAGAACAAAGACGCUGAUGCGACCAACCCCAACUUAUACCAUUGUAUAGAAGAUGACAAGUUGGAUCACGUCUAUGAUGAGAUCAAGCAUAAAGAGGGUUAUGAAAGAGAAUACGACCACUUAAACUACACACCGCCGUCGAACACCUUGAAGGCGCAUUACCAACGUAUGAACAAUACUUUAUCACCUCAAGCAACCAACACACCAAAUUUGCCCCCAAACCCCAACGUCCAAAUACCACCAAUACCUCCUCUACCCAAAGCGCAUAUAACCCCGAUUCCCCUGCGACGGGACGAUGUCGAAGCCCCCCCUCCCCCCACAAGGGAUGAUCAGUUCAGCGAUGACGAAGAAGCCACUAGUUAGUUGCGUAAUUUUAAACGGGCUUUUAACCAUUUUUAUAACAGAGUUUUUAACAUUCAGAACCCGGAAUGUGUGCGUUACCUAAGUUCGAUUGAAACGAAGCCAUCAAACAGAUGCAGAUCUGUGUCUAUGUUGGCUAUUUGCCUAUUUCGAGUACAAAUUGUCGAUGGGUUCGUCAAUUGUACGUGUAGACGUAUACGUAUGUAGAUGCGUACGUACUUUCGUACUUGGAACGUUUUCCAUACAUUUGGUGUAGAUUACAGAAAUUGUUCGUUCUGUCUUUUGUAAAAUAAAAUUUAACACAACAUUAUAGACAUUAUAUUGAUAAUUCUAACUCUUAAGGAUCAUGUGUCAUCUACUAUAUAUAUUUUGUCAAUUUUUUUUUGAUUACGGCCUCCUAAUUAGUGCCUAUUAACAAAAAUUAUUUUUAUGAAAUUUUUAACAUCGAUAUUUUGAUAACAUUUUUAAAAGUAGUGUUCAUAUCUAAGAUCUCGCGUAAUGUUAGAGUAGUUAUAGGGUUCAACAAUAUUUUCCCUUUUGCUAAAGUGAAAUUGCUCUUAACUAGUAUUUUCGUCUCUUUCUGCCGUAUUGUAUUUACGCUGUGGUGAAAAGAGACAGAUGGACACUUGCACUUUUUUAUGAAUAAUAGCGCUCAAGUCGAGAUUCUUACUUGAGGUGUGAAUUAUAAUAUGGACCUAAGUUCUUUUCUUUUUUCCUAAGACGGAGAUUUUCUUUUCGACUUCUACGUUCAAAUAUUACGCACACGUUUAACGACUUGUCCAAUAAGGCCGUUAUAAUAAAAUUCGAACUAUUUUUAUAAUCACUUGUCUUUUGGUUAAAUUCAAAAGACGUAACUGUUUUGUCUCUCUUCAUCAUAGUGUUCAGUUAGACGUAUGUUGUGGAUAAGGUAAAACCGCACUGCUAUGAUUGGUUUUUAACAUUUUGACGUAUAAAAAGAUCUGAGCUUUCAUAAACAAUAUGGCUCUGGUCACAGUGGCAAGUAUCAUAUUCCCAUCUCUUUUCAUCUCGUUCAAAUAGAAAGAGAAGAUGAUAUAGUAUGUAAUAACAUAUCUCAAGGAAAUUAACGAAAACGAAAAAUAUCAUUUAUUUAGGUAUUAAUCCUUAUUAAUAUAGUAAUGACGAUUGAUAUGUUGAAAUGUAGAUACAAAAUUUUUUUAUAUAUAAAAAUGUACAAAUUCAUAUAUAUAUAUGGAUAAAACACUGCGAUAGCCGUAACUCACUAACCCAAACCUAAUUUGUAUGGGCGUGGUCACGUGACUAAACGUAAAUUCAUUUGGCGCAGUGUUUUGUCUAUAAUUGUCAUCUUCUAUGUAGUAAUUAUCUAUACUCAUGUAGCCUUUAAGAAAAAAAUCAAUUUUAAUAUAUAAAACGUUUUUCCGAAUAUUUGUAUAUUUCGUGCUUAAAACAAUUUCUUUUCUUAUAAAAUAAGCUUUAUUUAAAUGGUAAGAAGAUUUCGCUUAUUACCAAUACAGAUUCAAUUUUGUUUGUAAAUAUUUUGACAUGACAACGUCUAUGAAGUCUACUAACGCGUGCUGCACACACGAAAGAACCGUGACUCAUUGUCCCAUUACGCUCAUUGUCCGAUUACGCUCAUUGUCCCAUUACACCAAUUGUCCCAUUACGCUCAUUGUCCCAUUACGCUCAUUGUCCCAUAUAUCUCUCUUCCGCUCGAUUGGCCUAUGCGUCCAAGGAUUCUUUCUAUCCAUUUAGUAUAGGGAUAAAUAAAUAAAAAGGAUGAAUUUAAUUCUUAAAAGUUAUUUAAUGAAUGUGUAUGUGUAUGACGUUGUCACGUUAAACUAUUAUUUGUAAACCGACUAUACAGACAACCACUAUUAAUAUCAUAACUGUUCAACAACGUACGUGUCGACGUACACUAAGUGACGGUUUGUACGUGAGACAUUCCACAGACUAUAAAAUUAUAACCUAAAGUAGUUCGAUAUUGAUAUUAGCCGUUUAAAUAUUAUUUCAAAUCAAUUAAUUUUAUAAAAGUUUAUAUAUGAAAUCAACUAUAUUAAUUAUAUUUUAUAUGUUUACCCUUUCAAAUGUAUAAGCUAUUAAUGGUUGUAUAAAUUUCUUGCUCAAAUGUAACGAAGUGCCAAUUAUUUACUUGUUGAUGGCAGCUGACGUUCACAGUGUGUCCCUAAAAUGUUAAAUUUAACUGGAAUCAACACCUUGAAUAAACUAAACGAAAGUUUAAAUUUAAAAAGUUCUUCCGCCAAUAAUCGUGAAAGCAAUUUGAAUCUAAAAUAUAAGAAUUUAUUCCAAUUUAUUAAAGGUGAAGUAAAAACAUUUCUCGAUUGCAGUCAUUGGCAUGCGAAAGGUUGGCAAGGUCUUGCCCUAUCAGCUGAUCUUUGGAGGUAUUAUAUUUUUAUAAUUGAAUUUUUAAUGGUAAUUCUUUUUAAAUAAUUUAAUAUUUUUGUAUUAUUACAUUUAUUAAGGUUUGAAACACUUUGGCCUGUACAUUUUACACUACCUGACAAUUGGCAAAUUUCAUAUUUAUUGUGUAGCAAAAUUAAAAAAAAAAUAAUAAUCUUAAUAUUUUAUCCAUUUACAUUCUACAUUUGUUAUUGUUAUAUUAAGAUUCUAACAUAUCGUGUAGUAUUGUCAAUUACUUGAUCUUUUAACUAAUCUGGGUCAAUAGGGUCUUUCAUCUAAAAUAUCAACGAUACAGGUGUCAUCUACAUAUGUCAAACUUCAAACGUCAAAUAUGAAAUCUAGAGUUUUGUUGUUAUCUGUAGUUAAAAUUGGUAGUUUCUUAACGGAUUUCUAGUAUUAGUGUACAGUAUAAUUCAAAACUGAAGUUAGCUAUAAUCUUUAACUGCGCGGAAUUUGGUAGAUUGCUCUCGCAAGACUUAUGAAGUUAAUUCUUGACAAUAAUUGCUUCGAGUUGCCAUUUGAUCCAGCCCUAGAGCAGCUUAUAUUAAUCAUGGCAAGUAUUUCAUGACAUUUUCCGUCGAUGUACACUUUAUAAUUUGUCUAGUAUUUUUAAAGCUUUAAGAGAUGGACGAUGUUUACUCUUUAAGCAUUUAUUUAUAGGUAAGCUCAGCCCAAAAUAUGAAUUAAAAAUAGAUUUAUUGGGUUAGAGCAAAAUUUAAUAUAAUUUUAUUUUAUAAAUUAUUUUUAUGAUUAUGUUAUUUUUAAAUGAUAUGAAACUUUCUUCUCGAAUGCGAAAGGGGUCGUGCAUAUGAUUGCAGAGUCAUGCGGCAGGUUUGAUCUGGUAUGUGUCAUUCGGGGAUGAAUGUUUUUGGGAUGUCGUUGUAAAUGUAUGUGACGUCUUUGACACCAUAGAUGUAUGGCCCCUUUAAGCAAUUGUCAAAAACACAUUUACAUA